AUGUCGUCUCAUAAAAAACGAAGGAUAGAAGGAGUUGAAGAAAAGGGUAUGAGCGCCAUUGAGGCUCUCAAAGCUCGACAAAGAGGAGCUGCAACGUCUCCUACUCAAAAGACGCAACCUACUUCAGAAUCUGAGGAGCAGCCAGUGAUGAGCAGUGCCAACCGCUUUAACCUGCUUCGAAAAGACAGCAGUCAAAAUGCGGCCCCGAAAUCCCCCAGAAAGAGUGCAGCAAAAGAUCCACGGCUACAGCGUGGAGUGGAAUCACCCGCCAGUCGCUCAAGAGGCACUGCAGUAGCAGGAGGAAAUACAGAACCUACGAAAUCAGAGUUGGCUGGAGCCUUCCAUGAAGUAAAACCUUACUCAACAUUCCGUCUGUCGAAGCAGAAUCACAAAGUCAAGACAGGGGGCGUUGUGGAAAUAACGUUACCAAAUAAAGAGCGUUUUGUGGUCAUCGGAAGUUAUGGAAUUCGGGUUAUUCGUGGCGAAGUGAAGUUAGCUGGAGCUACUCUCUACCCCUCGGAAACCAUUGAAUGGGUUCAUGCUCCCUAUUGCUAUGCAGUUCCUGUGCUACGGACUGCAGAAGAGACCAAGUUGGAAUUUUAUCCUGACAACACUGCUCGGGGUAUACGCCAGUUGGGUCGUCUAUCACCACUAUUUAGAAAGAUGUGGGUUGCGCCACCUGAGAUCAGCUCAGCGAAAGUAACGGAAGAAUCCACUUUCGAGCUUAUAUAUACCCCUGAAGAGGCCUCGAAGAGAUCCAUUGAGGAUAUGGUUCCAAUGCCUGCGUGGAACAAGAAGUUGUCUUCGCUAGUAGUGACUAGUCGAAAGAAGGCCUCACUAUCAACGCUGAUAUGUGGCCCAAAAUCGGCUGGGAAGUCUACCUUUCUAAGAUUAUUCCUGAACGGGCUAUUGACAGAUCGACCUCAAGCUCAGAACUCUCGCAAAGUUGUGGUCCUCGAUCUCGAUCCAGGCCAACCAGAAUAUGCGCCAGCAGGAACGGUGUCACUUGUUUCUGUAAACAAACCAAAUAUCGGGACACCAUUCACACAUACCAGCUCCGAAAACUCUGCUUUCAAAGUUGUCCGCUGUCAUUCAAUGGCUUCAGUCACUCCAGCUUCAAACCCCGACCUUUAUUUGUCAUGCGCGGCAGAUCUUUUCGAUACCUACUCUAAACACCACGCCGGAGAUCCUCUUAUAAUCAACACCCCAGGAUGGAUUCAGGGAACUGGGUUGGAUCUCCUGUGUACAUUAAUCGAGAGAAUAAAACCCCACGAGGUCUUGUUUAUGUCAGAAGUGGGUUCUUUCGAUUCAGUCGAUGCUUUACGCGCAGCAACAGAACUGGCAUUCACAGAACUUCCGUCACAGCCAUCCAAGAUUGCUCUCAGAACGGCAGCCCACCUCCGAGCAAUGCAGACUAUGUCUUACUUUCAUUUGCAAGACAUGAGACCAACGGUAGCAAACGUACCUGACACACCUUCGAGAUUGAAGUGGAACGCCUCGCCGCUCUCCUUCAGACCACCCUUACUUGUGCAGUAUUCUUCGCUGAACCGCGGCGUUUUAGGGCUGCUAUCCUAUGACUAUCAAUGCCCCCCAGAAUUGCUGGCCGACACAGUGAAUGGGCAGAUAAUGGCGGCAGUUGAGAUAGAGGAUGCCAGGGCAUUCUCCAAUUUCACACAAGAAGAAACACUGACCGAAGCAAACGACUCCGCGCAGGUCAAUGUGGAUUCAGGAAACCAAACAUGGCCUGUUGUAACAACGAGCCCAGAAGGCAUCCCGUUGAUACCCAACUACAAUGAUGCAGCCUUGGAUCCCCGCUAUUCACGGACUAUUGGGCUAGUACUUCUGCGUGGUAUCGAUAUGAAGUCAAAGACCCUUCAGCUUGUCACUCCAAUUCCACUUGAAGAUUUCAGGCAGAUCAAGUCGAAAGGCAGGAGUAUAGUACUUCUUCACGGAAAGUUUGAUACCCCAAGUUGGGCUUAUACCGAGGAACUUUAUGAGAGAGCAGGGGUUGAUGAGGGGAACGAGAUGAUGCUUGAGGCUAUAGCAGACAUGGAAGAUAAUCAGUCAGAAGCUGAGUCAGAAGAUGGAGACGGAACUGGCAAUCUGGAAGAUGAAGACACGGGAUAUAACCAGCCAGGAGCUAAGCCAGACAUGACGGACAGGGUUAGCGACCUGACAGAAGUCCCUUGGGUUGAGGUUUUGAAAGGAGGCCAAAGACGGCCUAUUGGUUCACGAGUUUUGCGGGUCCGAAGAGACUUGGGUCGCAACAAGACGGGAGACUAG